GGGGCUUCAGGCGCUCCGGGAACGCGGAGGGACUGGGCGCCUCCCGCCGCGGGGAACGCGCGGCCCCCGCUUCCGCCGGCUCCCGCGGGGCUCCAGACAAAACCUCGGUUCAGAAAUAGGUGCGGGCGCCCGGCGAGGAAGCUUGGCCCUCACCCGGGACCCCCAGCGCUCCUGGGACGGCCGCCAGCCGGCGCGAUGAGCCAGGUGCUGGGGAAGCCGCAGCCGCAGGACGAGGACGACGAGGAGGAGGAGGAGGAAGAUGAGCUGGUGGGGCUAGCGGACUACGGGGACGGGCCCGACUCUUCGGACGCCGAUCGGGACAGCGGGACGGAGGAGGGGGUCCUGGACUUCAGUGAUCCCUUCAGCACCGAGGUGAAGCCGCGGAUCUUGCUCAUGGGCCUGAGGAGAAGCGGCAAGUCAUCCAUCCAGAAAGUCGUCUUUCACAAAAUGUCCCCCAAUGAGACCCUGUUCCUGGAGAGCACCAAUAAGAUAUGCCGGGAGGAUGUCUCCAGCAGCUCCUUCGUCAAUUUUCAGAUUUGGGACUUCCCGGGACAGAUCGACUUUUUUGACCCUACCUUUGAUUACGAGAUGAUCUUCAGGGGGACAGGAGCCCUGAUAUUCGUCAUUGACUCCCAGGACGAUUACAUGGAAGCCCUGGCCAGGCUGCACCUCACCGUGACCAGGGCCUACAAGGUGAACACCGACAUCAACUUUGAGGUGUUUAUUCAUAAAGUCGAUGGUUUGUCAGAUGACCACAAAAUUGAAACCCAAAGAGAUAUUCACCAGAGGGCAAACGAUGACCUUGCUGAUGCUGGAUUAGAAAAAAUUCACCUCAGCUUUUAUCUGACAAGCAUAUAUGAUCAUUCAAUAUUUGAAGCUUUUAGCAAAGUGGUUCAGAAACUGAUUCCACAACUCCCAACUCUGGAGAAUUUGCUAAACAUCUUUAUCUCAAAUUCUGGAAUUGAAAAGGCAUUUCUGUUUGAUGUGGUCAGUAAAAUUUAUAUUGCGACUGAUAGUACCCCAGUGGACAUGCAAACCUAUGAACUCUGCUGUGACAUGAUAGAUGUAGUUAUUGACAUCUCUUGUAUUUACGGUCUCAAAGAAGAUGGAGCAGGAACCCCUUAUGACAAGGAAUCAACAGCCAUUAUAAAGCUGAAUAAUACAACAGUUCUUUAUUUAAAAGAGGUGACAAAGUUCCUGGCUCUCGUUUGCUUUGUCAGAGAGGAAAGCUUUGAAAGAAAAGGGCUUAUUGACUAUAAUUUUCAUUGCUUUCGGAAGGCCAUCCAUGAAGUUUUUGAAGUGAGAAUGAAAGUAGUGAAAUCUCGAAAAGUUCAAAGUCGGCUGCAGAAGGGAAAAGGAGCAACCGCCAAUGGGACCCCAAGAGUGCUGCUGUAGGUGAGGUUUCGGGAAGCCAGGACUUCUCAGUGAGGCUGCUGCACCAUGCUACCCUACAGGAAGAGAAAGGAGGAGAUGGGACACAUAGCACGGAUUAAAAAAUUCCUGAAACCCUCUUGAUCUUUUCUUUUUUAAAUAAAGUAAGCACUUUGAAGCAAAAACUUGUAUAUUAA